UCCCGUAAGUUUGAACUUAUUUACAUAGAUGGUAUCCAAACAACACUAAACAUUGACUACAGUUUCGCCGGCACGGUUGAUUGCCGUUAUGAACCAGCACAAAAAACAAAGUUGCAAAUUAUGCGCCAGUGGCGGUACCACGAUCAAAGCAUUCCCUGAAUCACAUUAGCCGAGCCAGCUGGCGGAAGCAUAUGCAUAAAGGUUACUAGGUUACUAUUUUCAACGACAACUGUUUAUUUAUUAUACUGCUUUAAAUACCUUCGACGAAAUCAAGUGUAACCAUACCAACGAACAUUCGGAAAUCGGAAAACAAAAUACAACUAGCGACUGUUUACACUGACGAAUCAGAUGACGUCAUCAAAAAAAAAGUUUACUCGCUAAAGAACUAGCCUUGUCUCUGUACGCCUUGAACACUGUACAUCUGUCAUCGCGGAUUCAUUCGUUCUUUGACAACGCGGCGAGUGGCAAAAAUGAUGCCUUCUGAUAACAUCAUAGAAGAGUUGAUUAAGUGGGACUUAAGCGAAAAUAAAGCUAAAGAAACGUUGAAAAAUGCUGCUCUCACUAGAAUUGUUCAAAUGGCUCUUUCAUAUGUGCCCAAAAAUCACGUCUAUGAAAAGGGAAAAGGCCAAUUGCUAUAUCAUGUAUGUACAAAGAUAAAACAACAAAUAAUAAGCCACCUGGAGUUUCUGGUUCAGGAAAUUCUCAACAAACGCUUGGAUACAGUGAUUCGAAUUGAUGCUGCCCUCGAAUUUCUAUUGUCGAAUGUCACAAGCACGAUUAACAUUGUUGAGUUUGAAAAGGCCUGUGGCAUUGGGAUUGUUGUUACACCAGAAGAAAUUGAUCGUGUGGUUGAAACUGUGAUCAAUCGUAAUAAGGAGGCGAUCACCACUCAAAGAUAUCGUUUCAAUGUUGGAAAGCUGCUUGCUGAAAUACGUUCUAUUUUGCCUUGGGCAGAUGGGAAGGCUGUCAAAAAUGAAGUUGAUGUUCAAAUAUUUGAUAUGCUCGGGCCGAAAACUGAAAGUGAUUCGAUGCGACUACCGAAAGCAGACAAGAAAAAUAAGGAAAAAAAUAAUUCUCUUGCAUGUGAAAUAAAGAAUGAGUCGAUUGAAUCGACUGCCAUUUCGGUCCCAGAAUUAAUGGCAUCAGUGCACUUCCAUUCGCCAGGUCAAAAUCAUAAAACCGACGGUUAUGUUAUCACAGAUCAAACUGAGCGGCUAAUGCGAGAGCAUUUGAUACGAACAAAAGGUCUAGUUCGUACGCGGUUUCCUCCGGAGCCUAACGGUAUUCUACACAUUGGUCAUGCAAAGGCCAUAAACAUUAAUUUUGGAUAUGCACAGGCCCAUAAUGGAGUUUGUAUUUUACGUUACGAUGACACCAACCCGGAAAAAGAAGACGAAAAGUUUUUCAUCGGAAUUAAAGAUAUGGUUGAGUGGCUAGGAUAUACUCCUUAUGAGAUUACUCACUCUUCGGACUAUUUUCAACAACUUUAUGAAUGGGCAAUAUUGUUGAUAAAAAAAGGAUUAGCAUACGUGUGUCAUCAGAAGGCGGAUGAGAUGAAAGGUUUCAAUCCAGAACCAUCGAAGUGGCGUAAUCGUCCUGUCGAGGAGAAUCUUCGACUAUUCGAGGAUAUGAAAAAAGGAAAAAUUGACGAAGGAGCAGCAACUUUGCGCAUGAAAGUAACCCUUGAAGAGGGGAAAGUUGACCCGGUUGCAUACCGAAUCAAAUUUAUCCCUCACCAUAGGACCGGAACUCAGUGGUGUAUCUACCCUACGUACGAUUACACUCAUUGUUUAUGCGAUAGCAUUGAGCAUAUUACACAUUCUUUGUGCACUAAAGAAUUUCAAUCAAGACGUUCUUCAUACUAUUGGCUUUGUAAUGCUCUCAACAUUUACUGUCCAGUUCAGUGGGAAUAUGGUCGAUUAAAUGUGAAUUACACUGUAGUUUCGAAACGGAAAAUAGCAAAGUUGAUAACAGAAGGCAUCGUAGAGGACUGGGAUGAUCCGAGAUUGUUUACCUUAACCGCUUUGCGGCGACGUGGUUUUCCGGCGAACGCUAUCAAUAAUUUCUGUGCGCAAAUGGGAGUAACUGGUUCCCAGAGUUCAGUGGAUCCAUCAGCCCUAGAAGCAUGUGUUCGAGAUGUACUAAAUGUCAAAGCCCCACGCACACUGGCAGUGUUGGAACCACUGAAGGUUACUAUAAAAAACUUUCCUUACGAAGCUCCACAGCAGAUCGUGGUGCCAAAUUUUCCUGGCUAUUCUGAAAAGGGUUCACAUAACAUCUGGCUAGAUAAGCUAAUCUAUAUAGAGCGUUCGGACUUUGCUGAAAUACCACCAAAAGGUUAUCGCCGUUUGACACCUUCUCAAUCCGUUGGACUCCGUUACGCCGGUUUAGUUAUAACAGUCAACGACAUACUGAAAGAUCACGAAGGAUCUAUAAUUGAACUCGUGUGCAUUUGUGAAACCAGUGACGCUGCCCAAAAACCACAUGCGUAUAUACAAUGGGUAUCAAACCCACUAGAGAUUGAGGUACGUUUGUAUGAAAAACUUUUCAAACAUAUGAAUCCUGAGGAUCCAAAUGAAGUACCAACUGGAUUUCUGAGUGAUUGUAACUCUGAGUCAUUGAAAGUUGUCACUGCGUAUGGAGACAGGUCAAUCGAGAGCGCUAAAGUUUACGACCAAUUUCAAUUCGAGAGAAUCGGCUAUUUCACCGUAGAUCCUGACACACGUGAAGGUCAUCUAGUUUUCAACAGAACAGUAACGUUGAAGGAAGAUUCAGGGAAAAAAUAGUGUCGACCAGUGUAUUUUUGUCUUGGCAGUAAUAAACUAAGAAUUCGAAUUACUA